AUGUCUAUAGAACCCUUGUUUUGUGCAGCCCUGCAAACCAAUAAAUCACCACUGCUCACUAUAGACAUAGAAGGAAUCACAGACACUCAAACUGCUUUGAUUGAUUCUGGUUCUUCUGCUAACUUCAUUGAUCCCCAAUUUGCCUGUUCUCACAACAUUCCACUCAUUGAAUUGGAUUCCCCACGCUCUGUCAUUGGCAUUCAUGGCAAACAAGUCCAAAACCCCAUCCGCUUCAAGGCUUGGUUAGUCUUUAGCUCUCAAAACAGGCAAUUUUCCGCCAUCUUCUAUGCUCUUCCCCUUGGAAACAGAAACCUCAUCCUUGGAACCCCAUGGCUCAAAUUGGCUAAUCCAGACAUUGAUUGGACCACCAUGAAAGUUUCACUCUGCUUAGCUACAGAAGCACAAGCUGGCAGCAUCAACCCUGAGCCUCAGAACCUCCCUGUUGAAUUCCAGGAGUUCCAGAAAGUGUUCAGUGAAGAGUUCUUUACCACACUGCCAGAACAUUGCCCCUAUGACAUUGCUAUUGACCUGGAAGAAGACAAACAGCCUCCCUAUGGCCCUAUCUAUUCUAUGACCCCUGCAGAGAGAGAAGCACUCAAGGAACACAUUGACUCAGAACUUGCAGCUGGGAAGAUUGUGCCAACCACCUCACCAGCAGGAGCUCCACUAAAUGCCAUCACAAUCAAGGACACAUAUGCACUACCCAGACAGGACAAGCUGAUUGAGAAAUUGCGCCAUGCUAAGAUCUUCACAAAGCUGGAUUUGAGGAAUGGAUAUCACAACAUCAGAAUCAAGGAAGGAGAUGAAUGGAAGGCUGCAUUUUGCACUGCCCUUGGUCACUUUGCUCCCACAGUCAUGCAAUUUGGCCUUAGCAACGCCCCAGCUGUGUUUAUGCGCUUCAUGAACAACAUAUUCCAUGAUUUACUUGACAUCUCUGUGGUUGUGUAUUUGGAUGACAUCUUGAUCUUCUCAAACUCAAGAGAAGAGCAUGUGGAACACGUCAAGGAAAAGUCCUACAUUGGUCUUGUGAUUACUCCUGAGGGCAUCUCCAUGGAAAAGGACAAGGUGCAAGCAAUCAUGGAUUGGCUUGAACCCCAAAAUGUGAAACAGGUGCAAUCAUUCCUAGGUUUUGCAAACUUCUACCGUUGCUUUGUUCCCAACUUCUCUUGCUUAGCACGCCCUGUCCUGGACAUCCUUAAGGGGCGUUGA